UCCAUAAAACCAACAAACCAAUAUAAAAAUUCGCAGUACUGAAGAUAACAGAAUAAAAAAAAAUAAAAUAAAAUCAAAUAAAUAAAAAACAAAUCCGCCAACAGACAGCAAAGUAUGGCGAUUGCUGACACUGCAUAAUCCAUCAGCCUUGUAAACGGGUCUGCUGGCCUCGUGGAUAGUUUGUCGAACCGGACUGGACGCCCUGUCUUUCUUUGUCACUGAUACUGAGUUUAAUCUCGGUUUUGUGGGGAUAAAACGGAAUGGCGAUAAUGCAUCGCUUCUUUGAUGGUUUUGGUUGUGUUUGUUACGUGGAAGUUUCUCCUGUACAACAUUAUGGCUAUAUAUUGCUAUAGCUAUAUACUUAGACUUAGAUAUUACAUUUUGAAACUGGUAUACAAUACCCUAAUUAGCAGGAUAGAACAUACUUCUCUCUCUCUCUGUCUCUCUCUUCAUUCUGUCCAGAUCAUCAUAAAGUGAGCGAACCCUGAGUACCCUAACCUGUAGAUUCUCGACACGACAUCGACACAUAUCUUUUCUACAUCCCAUCACAUCAUUUACUCAAAGCGACCAACUCUUAUCAAACCCCCAGUUUAACUUUAUCUUACCCCACCCUCAUAUCGACCACCAGACACACAACUCGAUAAGCUGCAUGAUAUAUAGAUACACAACAGCCAAAUCACGCUUCGACAGCGCUUCUCGAAAGAAUAUCCCAGUAAUGGAACCCCCCGUUAUCAAGCCGCCUCGUCAAACGAGCUAUACAUUGCUAGUAUGCUGCAUGUAUUAUCACCAGGAUUAACAACCGAUGUCUUCAUGGCUAUGUAUUUUAUCUACUAGUAUCUAGGUGGGCCCUUUGCUAUGCAGGAUCAACGUUUUCCUCGAUAAUUGUUAGGUUAAGUCCAUGUCACUGCCAGUUCGGGAGAUUGGUGAAAUACCAGCAGCCGCCGAAAUACGUCAAUGAAUCGAAUCAUAUGCUAAUCAUAUGAAAACCGAAGAAAAACCACCUUGCCACACUUACACACUCCCUUAUCAAAUACAAAUACCAAAUAAACAAAGAUAAGUAAAACAAUCACCAAAUACGAAUUCAAAACCAGAAUACUGUAUUGCUUAAAA